AUGAAUUACAACAAUGCAGGUAAUCACAGAUCGAUUUCUAUAGAACCAGUAGCUCGAUCUGGGUCUCUGGAAAGUCUGGAGACACGUACAAACGGUAAGAAAAGAGUGCCGAAAUUCGCUGAUGACACCAAUGCAGAUAUAUCGAGGCCCGGUCGAAGAGAUGCCUACAAUGGCGAACAAGAUGAUGAUGAUGAUGAUGAUGAUGAUGAAGAAGCAAAGGAACAGAGACAAGAGCAGACACAUCUUUUGCAGGAUUUAGACAGUAUGUUGAGGAACAAAUUGAAAAUUGGAGUGAGUAGCCCAGUUCUUGGGCUCAAGGAUGAAAUAUCGAAAAAUGAUAGAUUAUCACCUCGUUUUUUAAGUCCCGAGCCAAUGAGUUAUAACAUGAGGGAAAAGGGCAUGAACAGCAUUGAAAACGAGCUGGGUAGGGGUCCAAUUUCUCAGAUACCACAAUCUCCUGAACACAUGGAAGAAGAGGAUGCUGAUCAACAGGACCUCAGUGGAGAUGAAGAUGAAGAAGAUGAGGAGUUUGCGAAUGUGGACGAAAUUGACGGUCCAAUUUCUAUGAACGAUAUUUCUAAAACUAAGCCAUCAAAACCUGUUACGACAAAUCAUAAUAAUAUCAAAAAAAAUGACAUAAAAAGACUCUUUCGAGAUAGGUCUAAUCAAAAUCAGAAGGAGCAAGAAUCACAUCCAGAGGACUACAACAUACCUAUGGGUGAAGAUUUCCAGAAGAAACUUGAAAAACGCCUCGCUGAACUAGAUACGGAUGCAAGCACUACUUCUACAUCAAAAUCUCAACUCUCUUGGUCAUUGAAAUACUUCCGUAACUUACAGGACGAACUACCUGAAUGGUUCACUUCAUCCGAUUAUACCUACUUUUCAGAAAUUAAAACAGAAUUUGAACAUAUGGGUGGAAAUGUGGAAGAGUUUUUGAAUAAUAUGACUUAUGCAAAGUUACAAAUUGACAAUCUAAUAAAAAACUUAUCCAAUGAACAGUCAUCAAGCCUUUUAUCCUUAGCUUACAUCUCGAUGGGAACUUUUGCAUCUUGCAAUAAUAUGGUUGAACAGUUAUCUUACAUACGACGUAACAAUUUACUCCUUUGCGAUAAUUUAGAUGCAAUUAUCGAAACUUUUAAAGAACUUGCUAUGGCCUGCAAAGAUGACGAGACUAACCUGAAAAGAAACACAACUUUAUUCUAUUAUUCAAGUACAAUACUUUAUUUUGUUACCACUGUUGCAAUAGAAAAGAGAGAUACCAAAAAAACUGAAGUUGACAAAAUUAUCGGGGCCUUUGAACGAUCUGAAAUUUUAUCCUUUUUAGUAAAGUACAUAGAACAAUGGCGUUGGCAUAGCAGGCUAUCAAUGCGAAUUAGGAACAUGAUCUCAUUACUGUUUAAGUUACUUCUUCUGCAAUUUGGAGAUGAAAAGGUUUACAAUCGCACAAAAGCUAGCGUAUACAGUCAUAACAAUCUGAUUUACUCCAAGGAUAGCCGUUUUAAUGCAAACCUAUCAGUUUCUCCAUUACAAUAUCUAGCAUUUAGAGAGGACAUCAGGUCAAGGUUUCCAGAAUAUGAGUUACCAGAACAAGAUUUACCCAGGCAAGGUGAUAAUUCAAACUCAUUAUCUCAAUUUCUUGAGAUUCCUAGGUCGAAAUCCAAAAGUUCCAUGAACCUAACUUUGGCUAUCCCGGAGGUACAUAUUGCGACGCCAGCCCCAUCUCCACCACAAUCGCCAGAUUUAGCCGGUCGUGGCACCUUUGGUGAAAGUUCUUUAAAGGCACGAAAAUCUUUCCAAACAAAUAUGGCAUACCCUUAUCUUUAUCCUUCAGAUGAUGAAGAAGAUGAUGAUUUGAGUGAAAAGUUUCCAUCUACUGACCAAGAUAAUUUAAAAUCUGAUGCAAAAAAUAAAAAUAAUGAUGUUUUUGUCCCGUAUAGUGUUGAAGAAGCCUCUAAGAUCUUGGCUGAAAAUUUAGAGAUUAAAUUAAGUACAAAGCAACUUUGGGAGGAACGAGAUAUAUUCAUGUUGAAAGAGCGUGGAUGGUCUAGGAAUGAGGCUAAAACUAAAUCUUAUUUGUCUAUUGAAGAUGAUAAAGAGGUGGAAUAUUUGCAAAUUAUGAAACGAAUUGGUUCUUUUUACCAGAAUUGCUUACCAAGCCUCAAUUCUCUAAUCUUCGUUCUUCUUCAAACUAUGGAAUCAAAUUUGAGCAAUAUCGAUUACAAGUUAAACGAUGAAGCUCUUAAUGAAGAUCGAACAGAACUAUUAGAGGCAUCUAUAGAGUCAUUAAAACCACAAUUGGAAAUAAUGAGAGCCAAAGAAUUGUCACUCAGGGCAUCUGCGGGCACAUUAUAUCUACUAUUAAAGUGGUUGAAAUUGAAUCAUAUAUUAAAGUUUGAGCAACUCUCCAUUUUAAUAUACGACUCUCGUUAUGUCAACAUAUGCACAUCUCUACUAGCCAAGUACUCAGAAGGGUAUGUGGAUCGAGUCUUCAAUAAGACCAUCACGGUAAACCAUUCAUGUUGGACUGAGUGCGCUAAAUUCAAUGCCACAUACAAAGGAUCCAUCUCUUCUCCUCCAUUAACUUCUAGCAAUCACAUACUUUCUUCAUUUGCAUACAGUCUUAAAAUUCUCAGGAAGAUAACGGGAAAUAAGAUACACAGAUUGAAAACCCUGCCGCUCUCUAUCGGAUUUCUUUUCAAAAAGUACUAUAGGAUCUUUAACCUAGAUAUCUAUCAUCCUAUGUUGAAGAUAGUCAAAGAAUUGACCCCUUUUAAGAAUAAGAAGUGGAAAUCGGAACAUAUGGAUUUGAUUUCAGGUGUUUAUCUUUAUGAAAAAUUGGAAUUGAUGGAUAAUUGGGUUACAGGUAAGGAUAUACCACGUGAACUGAACGAUGCGUGUGGACAAGAGAUUGCACUAAGGGCGUUGGUUCAAUUCUAUAAUUUCAAUCAUUACGAGCUGUCCAUGGAAGAUCUCGGCUACAGCAAACGCUCAACCUCUGCGUCUGAUUUAAUCAGAAAAGAAGUAGGGAAUGUUGUAUAUCAAUAG